CACACAUACACAGUGAGUUUUUACACACAGCCAUAAACACUGACACAAGUCACAAGUGUGUGCUGUGUCCACGUUACAAGCAGCCUGGGUUCGGUAAUAGCUUUUGUCUUUGCAUUUCUAUUGUUUUUUUUUUUCCUGCUGACCUAAUCAAAUUGCUGAGCAGGCUAUUAAUGACUAACGUGACACGUGUGUGGCGGAUAAAGAUAAAGACAAAAACCUCCCUUCGAGUCGCCGCAGGACCCACGGCCAGGGUACGCGCGCGCGCGCGCGUGUCUGGAUUCCGCAGCAGCGCGAGCACGUCGCCUUAGAAACGGACGGGAUUUCUGUACAUUAAACAUGACGGUGCGGCGGAAAGGCCAUUCGUAACUCGCUGGAAGCCAGAUGCCCCCACUCCCUCUUGACGAGCGAAUAGUGGUCAUUCAGCGCCCCAAGACUUUGCCCCUGCGUGUGGGCUCCCCGCAGCCCACCCCCCAGCACCCUGCCCGCGGUGACCCUCCUGCCCCGUCGUCACAGACCCAGCCCCGCCCCCAUUCCUCCUUUUCUCAGAGUUUGGAAGGCAAGCGCAGUCCUGCCUUCCAAUGGAGAGCAGGGGAGGUGAGGGCGGUGCCUGCAGAGGACAACCGUAACACUCACAGUCGUGGCGAUGGGGCUCUGACUCUUGGACCCGGGCGCCAGAAGCACAGGCACACUUUGGACAUUAAACUCUCUCUGGGCAGUGGAGGAGGAAGUUGUUUGGAGGGAGGGCUGUGCACCGGCAGUUUGACCGGGAGGAAGGAGAAGAAGCUGUCCCUACAUUUGGAUCUCAGAAAGGAGGACUGGAGAGCUGGAGGGACUUUCGGAAGAUCAAGUGAGGCAGUGCAGCAGCUCCAGAACCCACCGUGGAGUCAGAGCAAGGCUCAGGGCAGAGGUCAUCAUUUGAAACCAACCGCGGAGAGCGUUGCUGGGGUCGUUCCCACCGAGGGUCGGCACAGUCUCAGGAAAACGAGAGACAUCAAACUUCUCCCCGGUGUUGUGUCAUCCGGAUUCCCAUCUGAAGAUCUUGGGGACGCGUCCCCUGCGGGUGAUAAGGACAGCUUCACACUGAGACCGGUCCACCAGUCCAGCAGGACACCAACCCACAGCCUGUCCCGCCACUUCAGUUCAGCCACCGCAGCCCAUCACACUUCCGUCUUCAGCAACCCCUAUCCUGCUGCCAUUACCGCCUUACCAUCCCAUGCCCCACCCCAGCUCCGUCCCCUCAGCAGCCAGCCCCACUCAUCUCGAGGUAGGCAGCACCUGUCCCAUCACCUCCUCAGCCUUCCUCUAUCUCCCAGCUCCUCCCGGGGUGGUGGCUUCCCCAGCCCAGACCACUCCUGCACCAUUGACUUGCUGCACCCAUUUAGCUGUGGCUGUUGGAGGCUGGUCCGCCGCAGCGAAAAGUGUCAAGGGGACGGCGGGAGUCCCUCGUCCUCCCUCUCCCAUUCCAAGGGAGCUGGAGGGAGAGGAGAAAUAUCCACGCCCGGGGCCAUGGGGCUCAAGACACUUGGCGGGUGCUUGUCUGCCACAUCCACCACCAACACCUCAUCAUCCAACAGCACGGCGUCGGACUGCCGCGCAGGGCUCCUCGGGCCUCUGCGCUGUGCCUCCUGCUCUGGCCACGGUGCCGGGUUCGAAAGCCCCGCUGCCUUCCGCAAGAAGCUUCUUGGGGGUUGCUUACCAUGUGGCCCCUUGCUGACUUCUGGCCCUCUCCGGGCCCUCCACAGCUGUGUCACCGGCUGCAACCCAAAGGCUAGCCAGACGGGGAGCUCCACUUGCAGCUACUGCAGCAGUGACCCCAUAGUGGUCACCUACAACCCCCGUCGGACAAAGCCCCCUGGGGUGGGCGAGGCCGGGGGGGUGCCUGCACGGGGGAGGUUCCUGGAUGAAGACGACGAUUACAGCGUGCGUACCAUAUGGCCCGAGGAACUGGCACAGAAGAUGACGCGCUCCAAAACGAAACAGGACCACCUGGGUAUGGGGACGAUGCCGGGUCCCAGCAGCCAGUACCACAGCAGCAGCAACGGCACCAGUCCAGUGAUUCUGGACUGCCGCAACCUGCUGGAGUUCAGCCGCUCGCAGCUGGCUGACCACGCUGGCCGCCGCCGGCUCCAGCAGGGCAGGGAUGCAGUGCUGGAUUUCAUCGGGUCCAGCUCGAGCCGGGAUGCAGGCCGGGACUCGCUGAAGAGACUUUGGCCGAAAACGGGCGACGUGGAGACGGACGACACCAACAGUCUGGAUGAUGGGACAGGGCACCGGCGGUCCUUUUCACCUCGACCAAUUUCUCCAUCCUCUCCACUCUCCUUCUCCCCUCCUUCCUCAGCCCAUGCCACCCUCACCAAACCCAAGACGUGGGAGAGGGGGACCCUCCCGUCAGCACGCUCUCUUCAUCUGGUCCUGAAUUCACUCAACAGAGAGCAGAACGAGGAGAACAUGAAAGUCCAUUUGUCCCUGCCGCUGUCUUCCUCGCUUCCCACAUCGCUGUCGGACGAGGGCCUGAUGACUCCGGACGUGGAGAACGCCGUGGUAAGCCCCAUCUUGCCCUUCCUCUUCCUGGGCAACGAAAGGGAUGCCCAGGACCUGGACCUGCUGCUGCGUCUCAACGUGGGUUUUGUGGUCAACGUCACAACACACCUGCCACUCUACCACCUCGACUCCGGUCUCAUCCGCUACAAGCGGCUCCCGGCCACGGACAACAGCAAGCAGAACCUGCGACAGUAUUUCGAAGAGGUGUUCGAGUUCAUUGAGGAAGCCCACCAGAGUGGACGUGGGGUCCUGGUCCACUGCCAGGCAGGAGUGUCCCGCUCCGCCACCAUCGUUAUCGCCUACCUGAUGAAGCACACCCGCAUGACCAUGAUGGACGCAUAUAAGUAUGUGCGGAGCCGGCGGCCCGUGGUCUCGCCCAACCUCAACUUCAUGGGCCAGCUGCUCGAGUUCGAGAGAGACCUCAACGCCGGUGUGACCCCCCGCAUCCUCACACCCAAACUCAGCGGCCUGGAGACUCAGGUGUGAGAUGGAAGAAGUGGAGCAGGAUGAGGAAGGAGGAGGCAGGAGGAUAGGGACUGGGGGCGCAACCCCACAGGGCACUGGCAGAGCACGAAUGGACGUGGCUGACGUGGGGGGUGACAGAAACACUGUGAAAAUGUUACGCGUUAGCUGGGCUGUUGGGGAGGUAUGAGGGAGAGGGGCGGAAGCGGAAAGAAGAAAGAGGAGAUGAGAAGGUAUAAUUUACUUUGUGGGAGGAGGAGAGACUUGAUGGGUUUCAUCUAAUCUGAUGGUGUUUCUUAAGCCUAGAGAGACGGGAAGGUGGAAAAGGGAGCGAGAUGGAAAGGGAGCGAUGUGGUCUGAUGUGCAUGUUCCUUCUGCUCAGACCUCCUGCGUGGAAGGAACAUGGAACCGCAUACCUGCUAUGGAGAGGCAGCGACGGGUACGAGGACAGGCGCACUCCCGCACGGGGAUUACCAGCAAACUUGAACCUCAGUUUCUAUUUAUACAAACGUGCCAAGUUUUUGUAACGACACAAAUAGCUCUAGUCCCACUGUGCUUCUGCUGCUUCUCAGACCAGCAGGUGCAAGGAGACGCGGUGCGGUACGGACACACGCAGCCGCACCGCGCACCGCCAACACUUACGGCGCUCAUUUCUGCAGUUGCAAGUGCAGCGAAUUAACUGAGGCUGAAAGCGACGCAGUGCUACACUGUGCUGUAUUACACAAUUUUCAUAGCUGUGUAAACUAUGCUAUAUUACUAUAUUACCGAAAGUUGCUUUUAUUGCACUUUAUUGUGAUAUAGAACCCCCCCCCAACCCUCCUCCCCAUUUUGUUAGGGGAAGUGCAAUAAACCUAUUGACGGGGGGGCACCAGGGCUGAACUGGGCCGAAUGGUGCGCAUCCUGGCUCCGAUCGGACCAAACCGGAUUACUCUGGGCUAAAUCUUCUCUUUUGGCCUAAAAUUUUUGACCGGUGUGCUCCAGUGGGCGUGAGAAAGCGUUUUACAUAUUGAGCACCAAAUUGCGUGCUGCUGAAAACGCAAAAAGUCUACAGUAAAAUAUGGAUGAAAUACGCAUCUAUUUCUCGGCCUCUUAGCAUCCCUUUCUGAGUAUUUACUGGGGUACGCAGAACGCGAGUGCAAGGAUGCGUUAUUUUUACAUUUUUUUUGUAUUUCCUUUUGUGGUGUGUGAUAAAGACUCCAUCCCCCCCCCCCCAGUGUUGCAAGAGGAAAGAAAGAUGGACAAACACCUAGGAGGAUGUAGACUAUAGUUGUUUAGUUUGAAUAAUGUAUUUUGCUAGAUGGAUGGUGGAAAAAUUACACUGAUAAAAACUAUAAAGAGGGGGUGCGGUGGCACAGUGGGUUGGACCAUGGUCCUGCUUUCCAGUGGGUCUG